UUUACAUUUUCAGCGUAUAAAACAAACUCUGUUGAGUUUUCCCUCGCUGGUUCCCAACUACGUGAAGACUCAGUGAAGAAGAAGAAUUCAAGAAAUGGAGAAGAAGAAAGGCAUGAAGAACAUCUUCAAGAAGCUUCACAUAGGAAGCAAUCACGAUCCUAAUAGAUCAUCCAACGAUCCAACGUCGUCAUCGUCGUCGUCAUCUUGCGCCACCGCCGACCACCGUACAUCUUCAACUCUCACCGGACAAAUCUCCGUCCAAUCUCCAGCUGCUGCCGCAAGUCCUCCUCAAACGUCUCCGACCGUCAAUGUAACAUCGCGUCAACAAGAUUAUUAUUCGUCAGAAGAAGAGUACCAGGUCCAGCUAGCCCUAGCUUUAAGCGUGUCGAAUUCGGAGUCUAGAGGUGAUACCGAUAGUGAUCAGAUCCGUGCUGCGAAGUUGUUGAGUUUAGGGCAACAUUCGAGUAAUAAUCAUGUCCCUGAUAGAGGUGAUGCGGCAGCUGAUAAGUUGUCUCGGCAGUACUGGGAUUAUGGUCUCCUUGAUUAUGAGGAGAAAGUAGUGGAUGGUUUCUAUGAUGUAUAUGGGCUUUCAACAGAAACAACAUCCCAAGGGAAAAUGCCCUCUUUGUCAGAUCUUGAAACAGAUCCUCAAACUUCAGGUUUUGAAGUAAUCAUAGUAAACAGAACCAUUGAUCCUGCCCUAGAAGAGCUGUUUCAGGUAGCCCACUGUAUUGCAUUAGACUGCCCUCCUGCUGAGGUCAGUCUUUUAGUGCAAAGGCUUGCUGAACUUGUGACAGAGCACAUGGGUGGACCAGUGAGGGAUGCUAAUAUUAUUAUGGCAAGAUGGAUGGAAAGAAGCACAGAAUUGAGGACAUCUUUACAUACCAGUAUAUACCCUAUUGGAUCUUUAAGAGUUGGACUGUUACGUCAUCGUGCUUUGCUUUUCAAGGUACUGGCGGAAAGUGUUGGAAUAACAUGUAGGCUUGUCAGGGGUAGCCACUAUACUGGUGUUGAGGAUGAUGCAGUCAACAUUAUCAAGUUGGAUAAUGAAAGUGAAUUUCUGGUGGAUCUAAUGGCAGCCCCUGGAACACUUAUACCCGCUGAUAUUUUCAGUGGAAAAGAUUCCUCCUUGAAACCAAAAAUCCCAAAAUCAAGUCAACUUCCAGGUGUCCAGUCAACUAAAGAUUUCUCACUUCCUUCAAGACCCAUUUCAAACAAUAAUAUCAAUGGUGCCAGUAGUCAAAACAUUGAAGUGCAAAACAACAGUAGUCAAUUAGAUCACAUCCCUUCAUCAGCAAUCGGAAAUUCUCUUUACAAAGGAGGCCGUGGGCCCAAUGCAGUUAGUGGCGGUUCAAGGAUGAAUGUUAACAUAGUCCCAUAUAAUACCCAAAAUACCCCCGGCCCCGAGGACAAUAAAAACCUUUUCACAGAGCUCAAUCCUUUCCAAAUUAAAGGAUCCGGAAAGGGUUCAAUGCAACAGGCUGAUAAUAAAAACACAAAAAUUAACCAAGUUGUUUCCGGAAGACCUCCGGUCCCACAAAUGUGGAAAAACCGUCAUGCUGUUAACGAGGUGGUCCCGGGACCCGGAAGGGUAUAUUCCGAUGGUUUGAAGUCACGUGAUAGUUAUGGUGGGACUUUGAAUCAAAAUAGUGAAACGGGUUCUUCAAAUAAUGCUGCUGAGUCGGAAGCUGCAUGGGCUGAGUGGAAAAACUAUAGAUUGUCUUUGGAGGAAAAAUUGAAUGUGGUGAGAGGGGAAGAAAAUGUUAGAAAAGGUUCAGAGUAUCGGGUCAAUGUUGAAAACCGAAAGGUGGUGGGACCCGAAAGCUCCACGUCAUCAUCAUCAUCGGUUGUUGAUCCUGUGAUUGAUGAUGUUGGAGAUUGUGAGAUUCCAUGGGAAGAUUUGGUCAUUGGUGAAAGAAUUGGACUAGGCUCAUAUGGUGAGGUUUAUCAUGCUGAUUGGAAUGGCACUGAGGUGGCAGUGAAGAAGUUCCUUGAUCAGGAUUUUUCAGGUGCUGCUUUAGCAGAGUUCAAGAGGGAAGUGCGCAUUAUGCAGAGAUUACGCCAUCCAAAUGUUGUGCUUUUUAUGGGUGCUGUUACUCGACCUCCAAACCUUUCAAUCAUCACAGAAUUUCUCCCCAGAGGAAGCUUAUACAGGAUAAUUCAUCGUCCACAUUGCCAAAUUGAUGAAAAACGAAGAAUCAAAAUGGCUCUUGAUGUGGCAAAGGGGAUGAAUUGCUUGCAUACAAGCAUCCCAACAAUAGUUCACAGGGACUUGAAAUCACCAAAUUUGUUGGUUGAUGAAGAUUGGAAUGUCAAGGUAUGUGACUUUGGGCUGUCCCGCUUGAAGCAUAACACAUUUUUAUCAUCCAAAUCAACAGCAGGAACGCCCGAGUGGAUGGCACCUGAAGUCCUGCGUAAUGAAAAUUCAAACGAGAAGUGUGAUGUGUAUAGCUUUGGUGUUAUACUGUGGGAGCUUGCAACCCUAAGAUUGCCUUGGAGUGGGAUGAACCCGAUGCAGGUGGUGGGUGCUGUGGGCUUCCAAAACCGCCGCCUCGACAUCCCCAAAGAGUUAGACCCCUUGGUUGGAAGAAUCAUCUGGGACUGCUGGCAAACGGAUCCAAACCUACGGCCUUCAUUUGCACAACUUACAGUGGCUCUAAAGCCAUUGCAGCGGUUGGCAGCCACUACACACAUCGAUGAUGAUCAACCAAUCGAUAUUUAAAUUAACCCUCUCUCUCUCUCUCUCUCUCUCUCUCUCUCAUGUUUAUGUAAAAACAG